UUAGAAGAGAGUACGAGCAUGAGGACGUGAAGCGAUGACAGUUCUAUCAUGUGUGUGUCAAAUACGGUCUUUUCUUGCUACACAUAUUGCCAACGUUAAAAAGUCUUAAAAGGCAUAAUGUAUUUUGAUUUGUAGCUUCAUUCAUGGCAAAAAUAGAGUCAAAUGUGCUUCGGAAUCUUUCUUAACAUCCAUUAAAUCAUUUCAAAUUCGAAAAAUGAAUUCAAUUACAGUAUGCAACGAUCUGUCAAUAUUCUAGCAAAGAGAUUCCGAUCGCGAUUUUGGGCCUUCUGUCUGUUGUGUUCAUGGUGGUUAUUUCCAUCAUUCAUCAUGCUCUUUCUCAGAGAGUAUUUGCGAGUAUUCGGUGUCGAAUGCGUGUCCAUAAACUCUCUGGUAGUGUUUGUGUCAAACCGUUUGACAGGUGUUCGGCUUUUUGGCUUUGUGUCAUCUGGUUUCAUUGAUGAGUGAUUUUACGAAUGCUGCUGAUUAUUGUAUAGUUUUGUGCAGGCUUUUGUAUUUUUGUGUAAUAGAACAAUGGAUGGAAUUGAAGAGAUUGGAAAGAAAGCAUACCAAAAACAAAUGUGGGGUGCAUAUGAAGAAGCAAUUACUUUAUACAGUGAUGCUAUAAAACGACACUCUAAUGAUGCCAGGCUUUUAAAUAAUAGAUGCAUGUGUUAUCUGGAGUUGAAAGAUUACAAGAGAGCUAUGGACGAUGCUGAAAAUAUGAUAUUGCUGUUUCCACAAAAUAAGAAGUCAUAUUUCCGGAAAGGAGAAGUUUUGAUGAACAUGGAGAAAUAUUCUCAAGCUGAAGAGGCAUUUAAAUUAGUUCUCAAGCUAGAGCCAAGAUGUGAAGAAGCAAUUCGGCAUAUUUUGGAGGUUCAGACACUUGAAUUGAGUAAGCAGACAAAGUACACAAAGAAGAAUAUAAUAAGAGCACUCAGAAUGACAAAUGAUGUUGAGCAAGCAGAAAAACUUCUGAAAUCCGGAAAGUUUAAUGCAAUAAUGCAAGAAUUGGAUGAAGCAGUUUAUUACUCUGAGGAAGAAGAUGACAAGAGUGAGAAUGAAUAUGACGUAUUUCUUGACCCUUCUAACCCUCUUGGCAGUACUUCACUCUGGGUGGGUAACCUAACCAAAGAAGUUACAGAACAAACUUUAAAAAAUUUAUUUGGCAAGUAUGGGCGUUUAAAAAGCUUGAAGUCAAAUGGUCAGUAUGCCUUUAUUAACUACUUUGAUGCUGUUGGACCUGCAAAAGCUAUGAAGAAUCUUCAGGGAACCAUUGUUGGUAGCAAAAACAUAAUAAUAAAGUUUCCAGAUAGUUCAAAAAAAAGUGUUAAACCAAAAUAAAGCAAGUUCCUUGUAAAUUCUGUAUUUAUUCCUUGCAAAAGAAAAAAAAAUUGUUUAAACUGAAUUUUAAGAAACAAAUCUAAAGAAAAUUGAUUUUUGGUGCAUUAGUUACUAGUGCCAGUUAACUGCCGGUCUAUUGUGAUACUGCAUUAUCUUAUUUUGAUUAUUUCAAUCUACAGACAGCAGUAAUUUCAUUGUACCUUAAUGUGCAUACAAUUAUAAUUAUAUAUUUUUUAAUUGGGCCUCCUUUUUUUUCUCUUGGUAUGAAUGCUUUCUUCAGAUUGAAAAUGUAAGUGUAACCCUUGUCAAAUCCUUCAUUUUUGCGCUGGGCAGUCAUGAAACUUGCAUUGCCAUCAAUCCAACAUGUCAUAAGUAACAUAGUAGUUCGAGAAAAUCAGCCACACCAAAAAUAUUUCCAAUAAGCCAGUGAGCAAAUUAAUUUAAUCAUGCAGUCAGCUGGUAUUUAUGAUUUCUGAAAGGUAGAAUUGAACUUUCUUUUGUAUUUUAUGAGCUAAUUUUCGCCAUUUACUAUUUCAGAAUUUAUUUAGUUAAUCCAUAAAUGACUGAAAUUAAAAUGUUUUAAUUGUGAUAUAAGUAAAAUAAAAUUGGAAUGAGAUCUAUAAAUUUGUGCCAUGUUAACUCAUCAUUUCAACUUAUUGAUUAUAACCACAGUAAUGUUAAGUUUUAACAAUGUCAUUACGGCUUCCAAAUUUAAAUGGGGAACAAAAGAAUUACCCUGGAGAAGCAAAAUGUGGGGAAUGAAAGAAUUACCUUGGAGGAAACAGAAGCAAAACUAAUUAAUAGGCAAUUACAAAUAGUUUUCGGAGAAAAUGUCACAAAACUUUUAGUACAUAAAAAUGAGUAGCAAUUUUAGUAAUAAAUUUUUUUGGUGACGAGGCUCCAGCCAAAUAGCCUCCUUUAGCAUUUACCUGCCAUUUUCAAAAAAAUUUUAAUACAUUAGUUAAUGAAAAGGUCAUUCAAAGAGAAAUACAUAUGCAAUUUGGAUGAGAGGGUUUUUCGCAUAUUCUCACAACAUUAGGAAUAUUAAAUUAAUUUAUUUCAAGUUAGGGAUGUAUUAAUGUUAAUCAAAAAUAUAUUAGAUUGAAUGCUACGAGAAU